AUGCUCUCAACCUUCGUCAGAAAACCCAAAGCCGCCGCAAUCGCCACCGUCGUUCCGCUUCUCCCCGUCAGAUUCUCCACUCUCCGCCACCCUCAACACGGCCCGAAUCCAGACCUUCAAUCCCUAGUCCUCUCCCGCUACCGCGGCGGGAAAUUCCACGGCCUGCUCCAAAACGUCGUCGCCUCACCCUCCGUCCUCCUCACCGCCUGCCAAAACCUUUGCCGGCCCGUCACGACCCCAACGCCGCCGUCCAUCACUCUCGAUUCGGUCUCGGCCCGCUUCUUCUCCCUUCACGACCUCUCCUUGCAGCUCUCGAACAACUUCCUGGACGUUGAGUCGUGCUGUGUUCGGUUUUCUCCGGAGGACCCCAAAGGUGAGCCACUCGUGCUGCCCGAUUUGAAGCUUAAGGUGGUACUUGAAGCUAUUAGGAUUGUACUCGAGAUCAUUUACGAUGACAGGUUCGCCACAUUCUCGUACGGCGGCAGGACGAUCAUGGGCCGUCACACAGCUGUUCGGUACCUGAAGAACUCGAUCGAGAAUCCCAGCUGGUGGUUUACCGUUAAAUUCAACAAGGGGCUGUUUGGGCCUGGGCAUGUGGAUAAGCUGUGUGUAAUGCUCGGGAAAAAAAUCGAAGACAAUGCACUUAUUGAUUUGAUAAGAAAAUUGUUCGAGUGUAAGGUACUCGCGAUUGAUCUUGGCGGGCUUUGUUUAGGCAGAGGGCUGCCGCAAGAAUGCUGCCUGAGUUCGAUUCUGAUUAAUGUAUCCUUCAAUAGUUUUGAUCAGAAAAUUCAAGAGUUGCGGUUAAAAGUGAAUAAUGAGAAUCCGAAGUUUAAAGAAAGCGAGCUUUCCCCCGAUGGAUUGGGUCCUCCAAGGCCCGUUUUUUACAAGCCGCUGAAGAUUUACGCCAUUCGGUAUCUAAAUGAGAUAUUGAUUGUGACAUCGGGGAGUAAGAUGCUGACAUUGGACUUAAAGAAUCUUAUUGUGGAUUUCUUAACGCGCGAUCUUGAUUUGAAUGUGGACAAAUCGAAGACUGUAAUUCACAGUGCGGUUUCUGAAAAGAUAGAUUUUUUAGGAAUGGAUCUUCAAGCAGUAGCCCCUUCCAUAAUCCGGCCGCGAAAGACGGAAAAAGCCAUCCGAGCUCACAAGAAGUAUCUCAGGCAGAAAGAAGUCCGGCUUUUGGAGCUGAAAAAUAAACGAGAAAGAAACCGGAAGAAGCUGGGGAUGAAGCUGUUGAGCCACGUGCAUAAAAAAUUAAGACGUGGGAGCAGUUUCGAAUUCGAUUUCCAGAUAGAAAACGAGGUAACAGAAGUCUUUGCAACGUGGGGCCAUGAAGUGGUGCGCGGGUUUUUAUCAUCCGUGGACGAGCGUUGGGAGUGGCACCGGAAAUUAUCGGGUGGAGAUUUUCUUUCUUUAGCGAGGAUUAGAGAUCAACUACCGCGAGAUCUUGUCGAAGCCUACGAUAAUUUCCAAACGCAAAUCGACAAGCAUUUAAAACCCGUGAAGGCAAAGAAGGAAUUAGCCGAAACUUUGAGAAGGAAGGAGCAAGAAGAGGAAGAAAAAUACUCUCGGAAGACAGUCGAUGAUCUAACUAGACGCCUCGUAAAAGUCGAGGCGCCUUUGGAUCUUCUCAAAAAAGCCGUUAAGUUGGUCGGAUUUACUAACAAAAUGGGCCGACCGAGGCCCUUGAGUUUAUUAACUGUUGUCAAGGAUGCUGACAUUGUGAAAUGGUAUGCCGGGAUCGCGAAAAGAUGGCUCGAUUUUUACCGUUGCUGUCAUAAUUUCCGGAAGGUGAAAAUCAUCGUGAGCUAUCAUCUCAGAUUCUCGUGUCUGUUGACACUUGCCGAAAAACACGAGGCCACGAAGCAAGAGACGAUGAGGCAUUUCACGAAAGAUCUGAUUGUUUUGGAUGCGAAUGGGGACGAACGAGCAUUUUUUCCUUCGGAAAAGGAGAUUAAAAUGAUGGGGGAAGGGAAUCUUGCAGACCCCAUUCCGGUCGACGGGUGUUUGACCAUGGUUUUGACCAGGCUGGAAUCGAACGAGCCGUGGGCCCGCUGUGCGGCCCAUUUUUGCGAGAGUAGGGAUGAUACGGUUGUUGUGUACCGGAUUCAUUUGCUGCAAAAGUAUCUGAAUCUGGACACGUCGGACGAGGAAGAGUGGGUGGCUAGAAUGGGGGCAGUGCACGAUAGCAUGCACGGGAAGUGCUUGCCUUUGUGCUCGGAGCAUGUUAGCGAGCUGUACAUGGGGAGAUUGACUCUGAGAGAUGUUGAUUCUGCUGGUUUUUUGGAGGUUGAUUAA